AUGACUUUGAGGCUCUUCAGUCUCACCAGCCAUUGCAACAUAGUCAAAGCUCGUGUCGCAUUCACCAUCCUUGGUGCAGGCACCAUCUCGUUCCUUUAUCCUCGACUAGAACCCGCUCACAAAAGUUUUCUAUUGUCUCGAGUACCGAACGAUGACCCUCUUUGUCUGUCCUUGAUCCAGCGACCAGAAGCUUCGCCUUCGGAGGCCUCUCCCUCUCUUUCAAUUUCACCUACACACGCCGCACCCACUUGGUUGACAUACCCAGCACUCGUCGAUAUGGAUCUUGCCAACACGCUCAUCCGCAGCGUUGUUCGCGCCUUCUAUGAGACCCGGCACAUUUUGGUCGUGGAUGCGCUUUUCAUCCAUUCGGUCCUUCAUGCCGAGGAUCUUGCAUUUUUAAUGGGAAUGCAACAGAAAGAUCUUCGCAAGCUAUGCGCUCGUCUUCGCGAAGACCGAUUAAUAGCAAUAAGCACACGCGCUGAAAUCCGCGAUGGCUCAUCUCGUCCCGUGAAUCGCGAAUAUUAUUACAUCCCACUUCACCCCGUGAUCGACGCGAUCAAAUACAAAGUCUCGCAGUUGACAUCGAAGAUCAAAGCCCAGUACACACCCAGCGAAGAGCGCAAAGAAUACAUUUGCACCCGCUGCAAAUCCGAGUGGACGGAACUAGACGUACUCAGUCUAGUUUCAGAAGAAGGCUUCGAGUGUCAAUACUGCGGAAACAUCCUCGACCGAACAGAAGAUGUCAAAGGCGUGGAUGGAACUGAACGCACAGGCCACGAAAAAAACAGCAAGCUCAUGGCUCAGCUGGACAAAAUGUUGAAGUUGCUCAAGCAGAUCGACUCUGUCGAGAUCCCUGCCAACGACUUCGAGACAGCAUGGGACCACAAGGUUGAUAUUGCGCGCAAUCAACAGACACACCCCGUUCGCGCUGCGAUCCCCGUUCCACCGAAGACACAAGAUGUUAUUCGGGGAACCGCCAAGACCGAUUCCGCGGCGCUGGAAAUCUCUCUUACAUCCUCCGAGGAGAAAAGUGCCGCCGAGCAGGCAGAUGAAGCGGCUCGCAAAGCGGCUCUGGAAAAGCAAAAUGCUUUACCUGUGUGGCAUACACAGUCUACCGUUAACAACACAGCGAACAAUGUGCAAGUCAAGAGCGAUUGUGGUGUGCCUGUGAAGGCUGAGCUGGGCGAUGAAGAUCAGAAGCCCAGUCUGGACGCACUGGAUGACAAGGUGGCGGCUUACUACGCUGAGAUGGAGCGUGAGAAGGCUCUCCAAGCCCAAGAAGAUGCCAGCAGUGAAGAUGAAGAUUCGGAUGAUUUUGACGAAGAAUUCGAAGACGUGGGUGUCUCUGGUGCAAGCGGUCCCGCCACGCCCGCAACAGUAGCUGGUCCUACCAGUGUUCCUACGCCUUCGUCUGUUGUGGCUGGUGUCAAACGGGAACAUGACACUGCAUCCAGUGGUGCCCCGUCUUCUGUUGGCACGCCUUCUACUCCCGCCGACGAUGGCCCUGCCGCUAAGAAGGUGAAGACCGAAUCCGAAGCUACGAUAGAGCCAGUGAUCAAGUCUGAUCCCGAUGCAAAGUCCGUGGAAGAUAUCAAGCCGCCGGUUGAUGCUAAGGAGGAGUCUGACGAAGACGAAGAAGAGUUUGAGGACGUAUGA